ACGGCGGUCGCUCAAUAACAAAGUGUCUUUGUCGGAGCAGCCAACAUGGCACGAUGGCUGCUGAACUCGCUUUCGCUGAUCCUGCUCCUGACAGCAGGCAGCCUGCAGGCGCACCUGAUCCCUCCAUUAUCCCUGGACGAUGGACAGUUGGAGACCAAGGGAGCCGCCCUCCUAGCCACUCCCCGCGUGGAUGACAAUAGUGCUGGCAAUUACCGACUGCCGAAUAAUACGGAACCGGAGGCCUACAACGUGGAACUGUGGACCAAUGUCCAUACCGGAAACAACCUUUUCAAUGGCGUCGUCAAUAUCGACAUACGUGUUUUGGAGCAGACCUCGAGUAUUACGCUUCACUACCGCCAGACGUCGGACUUCGAAGCCUCGAUUAUCAGCCGGGAUGCGGUCGCGCCCACUGCAAUUCCUCUUACUGUAACCCUCGAGUUGCAGCGCGAAUUCCUCGUCCUCACGAAGACAACCGCUGGUGAGCCGUUUGGAGCCAACACCAACUGGACCAUCACCAUCAAGUACAAGGGCAUCCACCGAUCUGACAUGGGCGGUUUCUACAUCUCCAGCUAUAGGGAUGAUGAGGGCAAGGUGCACUAUUUGGCCACCACACAAUUCGAGAGCACCAACGCCCGUCACGCGUUUCCCUGCUACGAUGAGCCUGCCCGCAGAGCCAACUUUACGAUUACCAUCCACCACGAUCCCUCCUACACUGCCAUCAGCAACAUGCCCGUAAACGAUGCUGCCAGCAGUUCGGGAGUCACCGCCUUCCAGACGACGCCUAAGAUGUCCUCCUACCUGGUGGCCUUCAUCGUCUCCGACUAUGAGUACACCACCGGAGAGCUGAAUGGAAUCCGCCAGCGGGUUUUCUCGCGCAAGGGAAAGCAGGAUCAGCAGGAGUGGACCCUUUGGUCCGGAUUGGUUGUGGAGUCCAGUCUCGCUAGCUACUUCGGAGUUCCCUUUUCCCUGCCCAAGCUGGACCAAGCUGGUAUACCGGACUUCUCUGCCGGUGCCAUGGAGAACUGGGGUCUGGCCACCUACCGUGAGCAGUACAUGUGGUGGAACAAGCAGAACUCGACGAUCAACCUGAAGACGAACAUUGCCAACAUCAUUGGACACGAGUACGCGCACAUGUGGUUCGGCGAUCUGGUAUCCGUGAAAUGGUGGACCUAUCUGUGGCUCAAGGAGGGUUUUGCUACCCUCUUCUCGUACGAAUCAAACGACAUCGCUUUCCCAGAGUGGAACACCUAUCAGAUCUUCCACGUCAGCGACUACAAUAGCGCUCUAAUCAGCGACGCCAUAGGUUCGGCCGUUCCCAUGACGCACUACGUCCAGACCCCGUCCGAGAUCUCCAGCCGGUACAACACCUUCUCCUACGCCAAGCCCGCCAGUGUACUGUACAUGUUCAAGAACGCCUGGACGGACAAGGUCUUCCGCACUGGAUUGAACAAGUACCUGACCAAGAACCAAUAUACCUCCUGUGACGAAUGGGAUCUGUUUGCAGCCUUCCAGGAGUCGGCCGAUGAACUGGGCCUUAAGCUGCCCACCAGCGUGGACAACAUCUUCAGCAGCUGGUCCCAACAGGCCGGUUAUCCCCUGAUCACAGUGACCCGUAACUACGAGGCAGGCACUAUAACGAUCACCCAGAAGCGCUACGUGGCGAACAAAUCUGAUGCGAAUACCGCAACCUGGUAUGUGCCACUCAACUUUGCCACCGCCAAGAAGUACGAUUACCGUGACACGUCUGCCACACACUACCUGCUUAAUGUGGCAGAGACCGUGAUCUCGGAUGUGGAUGCUUCCAGCGAGGAUUGGAUACUCGCGAACAUCCAGAACUCCGGCUACUAUCGCACCCUGUACGAUGUGCAGAACUAUGCCCUCAUUGCGGCCGGACUGAAGUCCCAGCCCUGGAGGUUCCAUCCGCGCAACAGGGCUCAACUGCUGUACGAUACGUACGUGUUUGUCAACACCGAGCGCCUGAGCCACAGCAUCCUAUUGGAGCUGCUGGGUUACCUGGAGAAUGAGGAGCAGUAUGCUCCCUGGUCCACUGCCAACACUAUUCUGAGCGUCUACGACACUUACUUGCGUGGCGACGAUUCGUACUACCACUUCCAAAAUUUCGUUAGGGGCCUGAUCAGUCCCAUCUUUGAUAAAAUCGGAGUUAACGAGAUUCCCGGCGAGCAUUACCUGAACAACUAUCUGCGCAUCGUGCUGGUCAGCUUGGCCUGCCAGGUGGGAUCCACCGAUUGCUAUAACCAGUCGGCUAAGAAGUUAUCCGAGUACCUAUACAAUGGCACUGCCAUUGAGGCCACACUAAGGACCCAAGCCUACUGUGCUGGUCUGCGAUCCACCACUAAUGACAUCUACAGCCGGGUGCAGUCAGAUCUUCUGAGCUCCUCCGAUUACACCGAUCGCAGCCUGUUCAUCUCCUCGUUGGGCUGCUCAGGAAGCACGGAACAGCUGAUUGAUUUCUUGAAACUUUCCCUGGACGCCAGCAAUAGCUUGAUCUACUCGGAGCGCACUUCCCUGCUGAACUCGGCCUACUCCCGCAGUGAAAUCGGUCUUACCGCCAGCUUGGAGUUCCUGGAGACCAACUGGGAGGCAUAUGCGAAGCUUUCGCAGACUGCAAAGCCCCUGGAUUCCGCGCUGCGCGGCAUUGCCAGCUAUGUGGUCAGUGAGAAGCAAAAGACGAGGCUCAACGCUUUGGUGGAUGUUGUGAAGGCUGAAGGUCCGAGCUAUGUCCAUGACGAUCUGAGCAGCGGCAUUGAGUCCAGAAUCGCAACCAACUUCGCUUGGUUGGCAGUUAAUCGCGAUCCAGUGUUCAACUGGAUCGAAGCUUCCAUUAGGGAGAACGGCAGUCCCUCGUUGACCUCGUCCAUCACCAUGAUCCUGGUCAGUGCGAUGGCUCUGCUGCUGUUCAGGCUAUAAUAAGAUAACUCAUGUGGUCAAGUAUUAAACAUAAAUUCAGUAAAGUAAUAUGAAUCAACA